AUGAUUUUCACAGAAAUGGUUUAUUGCUCCUCAGAUUCGGAUACUCUUAUCAUUCCUGAUGGAACAUCUCGCAUAAAUACCAGCCAAUAUGCUCACCGGAGCAAUUUUUCAACAAUUGUUUUUCCAGAAACGUUAAAGUCCAUUGACGAAAAUUCAUUUUAUAACUGUACAAGUUUACAAAGCCUUGACUUACCUCCAAACUUAGAAAUUGUUUCAGGAGCUGCAUUUGCACUUUGCAAAAACUUAAAAGUAGUCACAUUUCAUUCAAAAUAUACAACUAUUUCAUACCAAUCGUUCUAUCAGUGUACCAAUCUUGAAACAAUAACUUUUCCUACUUCGAUUUCAGAAAUUAAUUUUUAUACUUUUUACGAUUGCAUUAAUCUAGGCCAUAUAUCUCUUCCAAAUACAAUCAAUAAAAUUGAGAAACGUGCGUUUUUUAACUGUUCAAAGCUAACGUUUGAUUCUUUACCAACAUCUUUAGUUGAGAUUGAACCUGAUGCAUUUAAAUAUUGCUAUAGUAUUGAAAGCAUUGAAAUACCAGAAAAACUAAACAUGAUUUUCUCAGGAUCAUUUGCAUACUGUGAACAUUUGAAAAGAGUAAUAUUUCAUUCACAAAUUGAUGAAAUUCCUAAUAACCUAUUUUUAAAUUGUACAAGUCUUGAAACAGUUCAACUCCCUUCAUCUUUGAGAGUAAUUGAAACAAGCUCUUUUUGCGCCUGCAUUAAUCUCGGUAAAAUAUCACUUCCAGAUACAAUACAGGAAAUACAAGCAAAAGCAUUUUAUCUUUGCCUUAAAUUAACAUUUGAUUCACGACCAAAAGAUCUUAAAUAUAUUCGUGAAGAAGCAUUUCAGGAAAGCGGUGUAACACAUUUAACUUUUCCAGCAUCUCUAGAUUUAGUUGAUAUCAACAGUUUUCAAUAUUGCCCUCUAUUAGAAAGGAUAGAAUUUUUAAAUAAAAAUACGAAAAUAGAUAGUACUGCAUUUGCGAUGUGUUACAAAUUAGUUGAAAUAAAACUCCCUUCAAAUCUUGAAAUAAUUGAACCUUUCACUUUUGAGGAAGAUAUUUCAUUGAAAUCAAUUAUUAUACCAGAUACAGUUUAUAAAAUUGGGCAAGAAGCGUUUCGGGAUUGCAUUGGUUUAGUCAACAUCAAACUUCCGAGUGGAAUCAAAGAAAUUGAAUUUGCCUUAUUUACAAAUUGCUCUUCAUUAGAAAAACUCAUCUUUCCAGAAAGUGUGGAAACUAUUGCUGAAUAUGUUUUAGAAGAUUGUAAAAGUCUUAAAAGUAUUGUAUUUUUAGGCAAAUCAACAAAUAUAGAAACAAUCAGCUUCCUAGGAUAUGAAUCAUUAGAAUCUGUUACUCUUCCAAGUGAAAUAGAAAUAAUUGAUAAACAAUUUUUUGUCAAUUGCAUAAAUUUGCGAGAGUUUAAAGUUCCAAAGAAAGUUGAACGAAUUCAAGAAUCAACUUUUGAAAAUUGCACGAGUUUGGUAAAUAUAGAAAUUCCCGAGUCAGUAAAAUAUAUUGAUUCUAGAGUUUUUUAUAAUUGCUCGAAACUCAAGAGCAUAACAAUUCCAAAUUCAAUCAAAUCUGUUUCAGAUUAUUGUUUCUGUUCAUGCGAAUCUCUUGAAAAGGUUGUUAUGAAUGAAAAUCUAUUAGUGAUUGGAAAUUCAUCAUUCCAGCAUUGCCAUUCAUUGAAAACCAUGAAUUUUCCAGUUUUUCUGAACUCGAUCAAAUCAUUUGCAUUUAUGGAUUGCUCUGGGUUAACAGAGCUUUCAUUGCCAGACACUCUUACAGAAAUUUGUGAAAAAUCAUUCUUUGGCUGCAUAUCAUUGCAAGUUAUAUCGCUUCCGAAGAAAUUGAAUUCUUUAGGAAAAUAUUCAUUCUCUAAUUGCAGUUCAUUAAGAGAAAUUAUUAUUAAUUCAGAUUGUUCACUUGAUCCAAACGCUUUCGAUGACUCUAAUAAUAUCGAAAAACUUAUCAUUAAAAAUCAAAACAAUGAUAUACAUAAACAAAAGGCGCUUCAUCAAUUAGUUAAGUCUAUCACAUUUAAUUCAUAUUUCAAAGAAUAUCCAACAAUAUCAGAGUUUGUCAAUGUUGAACAUGUUUCUAUAAUUUCAGAAAUUAGUGACUCAAUCAUCAAUGACAAUUUCGUGAACUCAUCAAAUUUGAGCAUCAACAUUACAGGUAACAUUCAUAAGAUUUCAGACAACUCAUUUUCUAAUAGUAAUAUCAACUACUUUCUAUACUGUGGCAAUCAAACUAUCGAAGGUAAAUUCUUUGCUCAUAACAAACCCAAAAAUCUUUCAGUUUAUAGACUCUAUCCAUCUAAACAAAUUGGCGGCAUCAAAGCUAAAAGAAAUGCAGAUUGUCCUAACCUUCCUUAUCAAAGAACAAAGCUCAAACCGAUUUAUAUUACUUUGAUUAUAAUAUUCUGUGCUAUUGUAGUUAUAGCUGCUACUAUUACUUUAAUAAAAGUUCAUAUAUAUCGUAAGCACCAAAGGAAAAUUGAAGGAAAAAUGCUCUUGGAAAAAUUGGUGAAUGACGAGUUCGGGUGA